CAAGACAUCAUUCUCACGGAAUUGUCAAGAUUUUUCGUCAUAGAAACAAAUAUAAAAUUUUAUUAACCACAUUACGUUUCAAAUCAAUGUAAAAGUAAUAUCAUAAUGAUACAAUGAAGAAGAAAAUAGUUAACGGAAGUAUCUUAAUGUAAAUAUAUUUGUGUGUUACUAAAUAGUGUAUUUCACUAAUUUGUUUUGGUUAGUCUUAACGUAACCUAAAUAUAGUAUUCGAUGGAAACGUAACAAGUGAUUUAAAUAAAUUUCAUUUGAAAAAUAUAAGUUUAAGUUUAAGUAACGUAACUCAGAUACAUUUAUAAAGAUGAUACAAAGAUACAGAAAUGCAAUAUGCAUUUUUGGGAAGUAUAUGCAGAAUAAUCUACCAGUAAUGUUAGGUCCUAUUAAUUAUCCAGUUCCUAAUGACAGUUCUCAACAAGUCAGAAAUAUAAAGAAACAUUUUAAUCAAAAGUUUCGCAAAGAAAGAGGAAGGAAAUACAUUAAAAUAAAAUUACCUACAUUUGAUAGUGACGAUGAAACUAACAGCAGGGUGAGAACAAAGUUGAAAGAAGCUGGAAUUCUACCACAAAGAAAUUGGUCUGAAGGACCAGUUCUUAUUAGCUGUACACCUAAAAUAUUUGAAGGUUAUAUUGCUCCAGAAGGUGAUGGAAAAUUUUCUCCCAUUAGCACUAUGGGUGCAAAACAAAAGUUUGAAUUUAUAGAAAAAAAGAGUAAAUCUUUUAUAGCCCUUAGAAAGAUUAAGUCAUAUGAGGACAACUAUUCAUCUGAUACAUUUAGAGAAAACCUAUUAAAUGUUUAUAAAAAAGCACACGAAGCUUUAUGUCGUAAAGAUCAAGAUGAAAUACUACAAUAUGUUACAGAAAGUGCAUAUCCUUUACUGUUACAUAAUGUAGAGAACAAAACAAUUGUUUGGAAAUUUUUGGAAUCUCUGGAGCCAGCACGUAUUGUACAUGCUAGAGUAACAAGUCUGAUUACAAAGAGCAAUUUAUUUGCACAAGUCACUAUUCGUUUUCAUACUCAACAGCUUCUCUGCAUUUAUGAUCGAUUUGGACGAGUGUUAUUAGGUAGUGAGACAGUGAAGAAAGAUGUUUUGGAUUAUAUAGUAUUUGAGAAACAUAUAUCCAAUGUAUAUGGUACUUGGCGAAUACACGGAAAAAUUAUACCAAAUUGGCUAACAUCGAAAGAAAUACCGACAUCUACUUACAUCUUGCCAAAGGAAGAGGAACAACCCUCAUCAUCUGAUAGCGCUGUUGAAUCAGUUGCUCAAGUGGUACCGCCAGAAACUUUAGAUAAACAGCAUACUGAUGCAAAACCAUAAUAAUUGUAUUUCAUGUACAAAUUCCAGUUAUUAAUUGGUGAAUAAAAUACUUUUAAAAUAAAA